AUGCAUUGGAAAGGACUCAGGUUGGUGGCUGAUGGCAGCUCCAAGCGACAGAGUACCAUCGAAAGCCAGUCACGUCGCAGUGAACACCUACCUCGUCCAAUCCCUCCAGCCACCGAACCGAGAUUAUCCGAGUCCAGCCCUCGAUCUCCCGCCCUUGACACUCCAGGACCUCCAUCGCGGGGUCUUCAGGUACCAGAGGGGGAUGGGGUAGCUCAGUCGGACUUCGCAGGUCCAUCCUCGGGGGACACUCCUAGCUUGCGCCGCAAUCGAUUCAGCUUCAUGAGACUACGCCAUGCCUCCGAUCCCCAAAUCUCCAAGUCAUACGCCAAGGCGGGCCAGGAUACUCCUCCAGUGCCCUCCCUACCGCCUCCCAAGAUCAUCACUACCGCCCCUACAAGUCACGAACUCGACCAGCCUGUGAAACAAAGAUCCAAGCUCAACUUCCUCCCCUCGUCACGCAAACAAUCCAUGGAGGAAUUGCCCCGGUCAUCAACGGAACAACCCAGUGGCAAGUCUCGUAGGAGGGGUCAGGGAUCCACCGACUCUCAGAUGGGUGAUUCAGUUCUCGCUACGUCCCAGAGUAUUCCGGAAGAGCCCGGGCGGCUGUCAACAACCUCUCGAGGGAACCGGGAUCAGAACAACGACUCUCAGCGCUCAUCAGUGGUUGAUUCCCGGUUCUCCGAGUCGUCUCGGUCAGAUCAGAGCUAUGGAGACCAGACAGUUACGCGAACGAAUUCCCCGCGCGAUGCUCCAGGUGCAACAGCAACGAAACGAUUCCGCAUGCCACGAUUGAAACGAACGCGAAGCCCUCUAUUCCCCCUUCCUCCAAAAUUCCCGCAGUCGACUCAAGUGACGGACAAUGGUCCGAAGUUCCCCCCGGUAGAUACACCAAAGUCUGAACACUCGGAUAACCAAGAUCAAAUCUCACCACUACCUUCACCAUCUCGAUCUACGGUACAAUUGGCUCCUGCCUCGAGCGUGCCACCCUUGUUCCGGAAUGAUUCGACUAAUUCAGCCCGCUCCGUCCGAUCAAAUCCGUCAUUUAAGAACCGAGGACGAUCGUCCACCAUGGGAUCGCUGGCCGAGAACCAGGACGAUUUGACUCCACCCACAUAUCUGGCGUCUUCAGGCCGCACUUCGACAUCUACUACUGGUCGCAAAAGCUUUGGGGACAUGUUCAAUAUAACGCAACGAUUGAGACAGAAUUCAUCGCCCCCAGCACCAAGAGGUUCUCCCGGUGGCUCAUCUACGCCUAUAUCGAAACCAGAACCCCCACCAGUCCCGAAGCGAGAAGAGACGGAUACCCCAGCAACAUAUCUCAGUCGCUUGGAAAUGUGUCUCCCACGCGGCAUGAUUGCAGGCGUUCUUGCUCAGUCAGAUGAGGAAUUCUUCAAAGUCGGCCUACGGAAGUAUAUGAGAGGAUUUUCGUAUUUCGGUGAUCCCAUUGACAUGGCAAUUCGAAAACUUCUGAUGGAAGUUGAGCUUCCCAAAGAGACUCAACAGAUUGACCGGUUCCUGCAGGCAUUUGCUGACCGCUAUCAUGAAUGCAACCCUGGUAUCUUCGCAUCUCCCGAUAAGGCAUAUUUUAUUGCAUUUUCUAUUUUGAUUCUACACACCGAUGUGUUCAACAAAAACAACAAACGCAAGAUGCAAAAGCCUGACUACGUCAAGAAUUGUCGUGGCGAGGGAAUCUCAGAAGACAUCUUGGAGUGUUUCUAUGAGAAUAUCUCCUACACUCCAUUCAUUCAUGUUGAGGAUGCUAAUCUUCGAGACCGCCAUCUUGUGAAGCCACGUCGCGCUCUGUUCAAGACCGCCAGCUCCGAGAACCUCGGCCGAAUUAGCCGGGAGCCCGUCGACCCUUAUACCCUUAUCUUGGAUGGAAAACUUGAAACCCUUCGGCCAAGCUUGAAGGAUGUCAUGGAUCUCGACGAUACAUACGACCAUUUCGGUACUGCUGGUCCCCCAGAUAUGGAAAACCUUCACCAGGCUUUUACCAAGUCUGGGAUCUUGCAGAUUAUCUCCCUGCGUUCUCGGCCUGAUGCAUUCAUGCCAUCCAGCUUAGACAAUCCCCUCGACUCCAACCCAGGUUUGGUUGAUAUCAAGGUCGCUAAAGUUGGAAUCCUCUGGAGAAAGGAUCCUAAAAAGAAGCGGGCCAGGUCACCAUGGCAGGAAUGGGGUGCGAUUCUCACAUUCUCACAACUUUACUUCUUCCGCAACGUCCAGUGGGUUCGCUCUCUUAUGGCGCAGCACGAGGCUUAUGUGAAGAAUGGACGUCGCGGAACCCUUGUGUUCAGACCGCCUCUUUCUGACUUCAAGCCGGAUGCUAUCAUGUCGACUAACGAUGCUGUGGCUCUCCUGGAUACAAGCUACAAAAAGCACAAACAUGCAUUCAUGUUCGUUCGAUACAACGCGUUGGAAGAGACAUUCCUUGCCCAGAGCGAGCCCGAAAUGAAUGAUUGGCUUGCGCAUCUCAACUACGCCGCGGCAUUCAGGACAACUGGUGUGCGCACCAAGGGGAUGAUUGCGACUAAUUACGAAGGCCAGAGGUAUCGCAAGAGUCAACGGUUGGACUCCAUGUCAUCGCAAAUAUCCCAACAGACCGGCGACCUGGAGCCUGAUUCUCCUAGCAUUGAUACCGACAUUGUUGCUGGUUUUGUUGCGGCACGACGGGAGCUGAUGAGCCACAAGAUUCGCGAAGCAAAUGAAAAGCUGUUUAUUUCGCAGAAGCAACUGGAAGAUCUUUUGCAAAACGCACGGCAUUUGCAGAUUCUCACUCCGGUUCACGCUCGGGCAAGAGAAGGUGUUAUCAUGGCUGCAGGCCGGUUGUCUGCCAAGCUAAAAUGGGUGCGUCAGGAUAUCUGGCGAAACAAAUGUUAUCGCCAAGUCCUCCUUCGAGAUCUAGGGGAAGACGACGAGGCAGCGAGUGUAGUGGGAUCGAUUGCCGAGACAGCACAGUCUGAUGCUGCACGCAUGGCUUCACUGUCCGGACCUUCUGUGAAAUCGGAGCAAAGUGUGGAAAGACCCGGUAGCAUUGUGCAUACUGCAUCAAGUCGCGACCCAUCCGAGCAUCCUGUGAACCCUACAGACCAGACUCCAGAAACAGGAUUACUCACUAAGCCCUCCAAUGAAGAGAUGCGUCGUCCCAGUAUCCCCGGGUCGACUACUUCGGGUGACAUUUCUCGAAUUGGUCGUCGUCGGUCCAUCAUCACUCUUCCGGAACGCGCCAAGUCAUACUCUCCUGAUCCAACCACCAUUCAGCUUGAGCGGGAAGUUUCUGGUCUAAGUCGUGCAAGCAAGUGGGAUGGUGCCAGUCUCGCUUCGCGGGCUUCCAAGCUCACAUCUCCCGUCAGUUUCGAGGACAAUGAAGAACGCCUUCUCAGGGAAGCUGGUCUAUUGGAGGUGAAUAGCUCACCAACUGCGCGCAAAGAGGAAGACAUUGCGCCCACGGCAACCCCCGAAAAACUGCCAGAGGGACCUCCAGAUACACCUCCGGGCGAUAGACCGAGCCGCGUCCGUCGCAGCCUUCACCGCACGUUACGUGACUCUCAGGCUCACAGACAUCACUCCCAUUCAAAGAAGAACCAGGGAUCAGUGUCCAGCAUUGGUCAGGAGGAUGAAGGUCAAACGUCUGGUGAUGGUGAAGUCCUCUCGCGCAAGGCUCCAAGCUUCACCGUCCACGGAAAGAAGGCGUCUAUUAUCACCUUCGGGUCUGAGUGGCAAAACAUACCUCCCGAAGAGCGUCUCAAGCUACGAAAGCCCACUCCUCAUGAGGAGCCACGGGCCUCGGAGCCCAUCCUUGGCAGCGGCGAGUCGCUGAUGUCGGAGCGCAGCCCAGAACGCCCUCACUCAUUGCGUAGCAUGAGCACCACCACCGGUGUCAGUUUGCGUACCAACGAUGAAGCUGAGUUCAAAGACGCACGUGAAGAGCAACCCGAAGAAGAUAUCGGCCGUCCAGCUUCUCAAGUGAUCACCUCUUUCCCGAUUCCCGACGCAGAGUCCGACAACAGCCCUGUGUCACCCACAACCACUCCCAACAUGGACUACCUUUCCGCACCACGAACCGGGAGCUCCCACUCCCCAUCCUCAACCUCUCUGAACGAGCGAAUCAUGGACACCCCCUCGUCAGAAAACCUACGUGAACAAACCGUAGGCGCCUAA